AUGGGGAUCCAGACGCGACGCGAGACCAGGGCAGGCGGGCUAACUGCUUACUCAGCAGCAGCCACCACGUCCACACACCCGCGCGCGCGAUCCCGUGCUCCCCGCUCCCACAAGCAAGCAAAGCAAACACCACCGCGCCGCACCACCUGCAGCUGCCGACCCGCCGGCCGGCUUAUCGCGCAGGCGCAGGUUGAUGAGUACGUCGCUUCUACCGCGAUCCUGCCGCCGCUCCCUGACGACCCUGUGAACACGGUGCAGGUCAAGUUCGUGCUGCAGAGGCAGUGCGCGUUCGGCCAGCGGUUCCUCGUCGUCGGCGACGACCCGGCGCUCGGCCUUUGGGACCCGACCAAGGCAGCCGCUCUGGAGUGGUCGGAAGGCCACGUUUGGACGGCGAGGAUGGACUUGCCAGCGAACAGGGCGAUCGAGUUCAAGUUCUUGCUGCAAGAUCCGUCGGGGCAGGUCAGCUGGCAGCACGGCCACAACAGAACUCUGCAGAUAGCAGAGACCUCGAAGACAUUGGUGGUCUACGAAGACUGGGAUGACGCCAAGUGCCAGGAAGUAUUAGAGGUGACAUACCCGUCGAUUGGAGCGGAAGACGUCCACUUUGCAGGAUCAUAUAAUGGCGCAAUUCUGCCAGACGAUAACGAAAUCCAUGAGAAUCAACAGACCGACAAGGUGAUGACGGAUGUAGCAGGCACCGAUGGUGGUUCUUCUCCUCAAAGAGAAAAUAUGCGGGCAAAUGGCGCCAACGGACUGCAGGUAACUGAUUCUCCAGCUCUCCGUCCUUUGGACGGUCACCGGUUAUUGCAUACGAUUAAUCAUACGGCCGCCUAUGGUUUUCUGACACAGUUUACCUUGGAGAAAGACCACAAGGUUCCUGACGUGCUUCGCAGAAGAGCAAAAGUUGCAGUACAGACCCUGAACGAUGAAGGUGCGCCCGUGGAGAAUAGGGCGCCAGCCGGUAUGUUCGAAAAUGACAUGGCCUGGGUCAGCAAAGCCCUGCAGCGGUUGCUCCGGAGCCUCGGUCUCCAGAUUGGCACCACAGAAACAUGAAACAGUUAUAUGAAUACGGUCUAAUCUUGCCGUUUUGGAGGUCAUGGUGUUCGCCCGCUGAAACCAUUUCUAUGCUGCAACUCUCAAGAGACGAGAAAAGCUGUUAAUCGUGCACCAGUUAUCAAUUACAGCAGCCACUGUCUUCGAUGUAGCGUUGCAUAUAGGAAGUCCUCCCGGAAAAAAGCUGUUAUUAGUGCACCCGUUAUCACUUAGCUGUCUUUGAUUUUGAUUUCUUAUCUAGUAAAUACCUUGUUUUGAAGGAAUCCUAAACCCUUAUCUCAAUUCCACAAAUAGCUAAGCACAUAGUAGAACUAAUAGUGAAACCGAAGAGUAAAUUGCAGCCUUCA